UCACGUCAAUCAUAUAGAUUGUCAUCAGCCUGAAUCUCGAUUUUCGAUACCUACUUGACUUGUUUUUUUUAGGUGAUUGUGCCUAAAAUAUUGUAUUUAUUUUCAAGUGAUUUGAUAAUUAUCGAAGACCAUACCUAGCACAAAAAUUUCAAACAAUAAAGUCACGCUUAUAUUAACUUACAUGAAUAUUUUUUAAAGUGUUUAAAACAUGGAAGCGUAUGAAAGUGUGUUGCUCGUUAAAAAUGAAGUGUUCGUUUUUAAAAUACCCCCAAAACAGUCAAAUAGGGGCUAUAGGGCAGCUGAUUGGAAUUUACAAGAGCCACAAUGGACUGGGCGUAUGCGUCUCGUUUCGAAAGGUGACGAACUGGUAAUGAAAUUGGAGGACAAAACAAGCGGUGAACUUUUUGCUAAAUGCCCCAUCGACAAGUACCCUGGAUUAGCACUCGAAUCAGUAACUGACAGUUCCAGAUAUUUUGUUGUUAGGAUACAGGAUGAUAAUGGGCGCAGUGCUUACAUCGGUUUAGGAUUUGGUGACAGAUCUGACUCCUUUGAUCUGAAUGUAGCUCUUCAAGAUCACUUUAAGUGGUUGCGAAAAGAACAAGAGGGUGAACAAGGACAGCAACAGCAACUAGACCUUAGUUUCAAAGAAGGCGAGACUAUUAAGAUCAACAUGAAGAUUACUAAAAAGGAUGGUAGUGAAGGAAGCAGACCGCGUCGAGCAGGUGGAGCUACGGCAGGAGGUCUGCUGCCACCACCUCCUGGGGGCUCAAAGCUUCCACCUCCACCAUCACCCCAACAUGUGCCAACCCCAUUUGGGGCUCCCCCUGCCACCACUGAGUGGGGAGAUUUUAACUCUGCUAGCGCUCCAAGCCAGCAAGCAAAACCAACCACACCAGCAAACCAACAAAACUGGGUACAGUUUUAAUGUAAAAUAUGUCAAAAUAUACUUUAUUGCGGUGAGCAGGUUGUGCAUUGCACAAUACUUAUACUACUUACUUAAAUAUUAUGACAUAUCCAUCACAUACCUUCAUUUUAUAUUUAACAAACUUCAGUUAAAUUAAAAUAUAUACCAACUUUAAAUUGUUAUUUUUAUGCCUCUCUACUGCCGUAUAUUUUUAUUGGCAUCGGCGUUCUGUACCAGCUAAAUUAUGUGUUAGCUUUAUUUAUAUUUACAUAUUUUAUAAUUAAGUUAUGUAUGUUCAGUUCAGUAACUAAAUCUUGUAACCUGAAAGUAUGUGCCGUACCGUGAAUACUUAUCAGUGGCUUGAACCACAUUAAAUAUCUACUAAAUGAAAACACAUAAAAAAAAUAACAAAAUAAAUAUUAAAACACGUUUAGAUGAAAAAAGUAGCGAUAGUAAACAUUUAAAGAGGUCACUCCAUGGUCCUGUUGCAAUAAUUUUGUGGAUUUAGUUCACUCUGACGUAGAACUUUCGAUAAUAUUUAAAUAUGGAAGCUAAUUUUGUGGUAUAUUUUCCAUUGAGACAUUUAAUUGAGACAAACCAUUUCUUGGCUUACAACUGAAGCAAAAUAUUAUAUCGCAAAUGUCAAAUAUUUAUGAUGUUUUUAUUUACCUAAAUACCGCAUAAAACUAAAGGUAAAGAAGUAAUAUAACUCAAAUACUGGUAAGGAUCUUAAUAUAUAAGGAGAGGUUUCCUUUUAAUGUAGGCAUUUUGACCAUACAAUAACUCUGUAUUUAAUAUUUGAUCUUAUCAAUUAUUAUUUAUGUGCCAGAGUUCGAAAUAAUUUAAAAAUAUAACGAUAACAAGAUAAAGAGACUUGUGACGUUAUUGUACAGAAAACGUGAGUUUUAUGCCUCUUUUGCUUGGUUAUUACACAAUCAGAAAUAAUGCCAAUUUUUCCCUUUUUAUUUAAUAACAAUUCAUUUAUGUUUUUUAAGCAAAUGUUUUAGAAAAUAAACUACAUAAAUAAGUUGUUUCAUCGAUUAAAAUAAGGUUGACCAAUUGUUUGCCCUACCAAUUACUAUGUACAAAUGAAAAUACCGUAUUUUAUGUCAAAUUAUUUGUGUUAGCUCAAUAGAAUUAAAUUAUUUCUUCACCACUUACUAUUUGGGAAAUAUCUGGGCUUAUAAAGAUUAUUAUGUCAGUUAAACUUUCUUUUUCGCUACGGGAAAUAGAUGGCUAUUAUAAGUUAUAAGGUCUUGUUUAACGUACCUCGUAUAUGCGCGUCUCUAGGAACGCAAAAAAAAAAAAAUUGUGUAUAAUAAUAAGUCUUUGAAUUUUAAUUAAUUAAAACAUAUGUUUUAUAAAAUGAUGAUUAUCGUUUUGUUAGCACUUAGCUAUUUAUUAAAUAACAUUCCUUUUUAUUUAAAAGUGUUUUUUAGAGAAUAAAUUCACGAUAGUUAUUAUUAUGAUAUAAAGAUUAUUAUUUUGGCCCAAUAUUAUUCGCUUACAAUGUACUUUCUAGUAUUCGCAUUAAAAUUAAUACGUUUUGGCACAAUAUACCACAAUAGUUCAAGUUAAAUAAGUAUUGCCCUGGCAUAAACUGGCAUUAGGCAAACCUGACAAAAUGUGUUCGUGUAUGUUAAAUAAUCAAACAUCAAAAUAUAACAUUACUUGCUUAUUAUAAUAUUAAAAUUUUGAAAUAGGUCACUCUGGAAGUUACAAAAUGGCUUUACAAUACUGGUAGAAACACUUAGUUUAACAGACAAACUGAAGCUACUUUUUGGCAUUCCUUUCCUUACUUUCCUUAUAUUCGACACCAACAGCAAUUUGAAUGGAAAAACGCUCGUAUUGGGCGUUCUUCAGAAUCAAAAUCUUUAAUGUAGAUGCUUUGAUUAGGUUGCAUGAUGUGUACCGACAAAUCGGGUGUUUAUGUUAUUUAGAGACAGUAUACUACGGUUUGCUUUGCCUCUAAAACCGUAGUGUGGCGUGUUUUUGGGUGUUAUUACCGAUAGUGUUACGCCUUUGUAAAAAAACAGCUCGCAUUCAUAUUUUUCUGAUAUCUGAUAUUACAAAAAUUAUAACUUACCACGCAUUUAUAUUAUUACUCGGUGGAUUAAUCGUGCUAGCUUUGCGUGACCUAGAAACAAAAGUAUAUUAUUAUCUUGUAGUUUGAUUAUUUUUAGGUUGAAACUGAAGGUUAAAGCACUAGUUAAGGAGUAGCUACACAAAUAAUCGACUCGGCAUUAAUCAGUCAUUGAUAACGCAAAGUAGGUAAUUACUAUUUGCUAUGCGAUUGCAAUAUUUACUCAUUUACUAAAUGCUUAUGUAGUUCGUAGUCCAUUGGUUUGAUACCUGGUGGAUCUUUAAAGUUGUACUUUGAUUUGACUCCCAUUGUACACUGUUCUGUGAAAUAAAACUGCAUUUAAGUGACCCAGGAGGCUUUAUUUUAUUUGAUAUACUUUGCAACCACACUAACUGCUACAUUACCUAUAAAUAAGGUUUGCAUUGCUGAAACAAAACGUGAAUAUUAUGAAAAUAAUAAUACUUUAAGCGAUGGUGGCAAGCUCCAUUUUUUGCAUCACAACAAAUAUAUAAUGCCAAGUCGAGUUGAUGUGUAACUGCUAACCAUACGAGCUCAUAUUACAAUGUAUCUAAGAUGUUAAAUGGAUAUAACUAUCUGUAUAUUAUGUUGUAAUACUUAAAUAGUUUAAUUUUUUCAUGUAAUCUUAGAUGUAGGGAAAUAAAUACGGCUCUACACAUUACUGUUAUUAAAAUGUUGUUAAAAAUCUGCAUGUCAUAGACAAGCUCUAUGUAAAUAGAUAAUUAAAAAGUGAAGUGAUAGCUGUGUGAUGUACAAAUGUUAUUUAUUUUUCAUUAAGGACGUAAGAAUAUUUUAUUGGCAUUUUACAUCGAUUGCAAAAUUAAUAAAUACUUCAUAAUACAACAUGUUCCUCGCUUCGGCAAAGUAGGUAUUAUUAAAACCUCUACUUACGGUGGUGACAAUUUUGUUGUUCAGAACUCUCUAAACUAAAUUGGCAGGUCUCUAAAUGCUCCCUUAGAAUUUAGUUUUGUUACCAGAUUUGUGUUCCAAAACCCAAAUUGGCACUUUUAAUGUAAUAAUUUGGCAAUUGAUACUCGAGUUUAUUAUUACCUAAAUAUCUACUUCCAGUGGAUCUUAAUCAUUAUUCCAAUUCUGUAUCCUUCCGUUUAUCUAACAUAUUUUUGUAAGUCCUGACAAAAAUGUUUUUUCUAAAUGUUAUCUUCUUAGAUAACAUUUAGAAAAAACAUAUAACAAUAUCACUACUCACGUCAAGGUCGAUACGGGGAGCGGGGUAUGCAGCAACGGUCGAGCAGGCGUACGACCGAUUUCCGACCUCCUCAGCCACCGAUUCCUCGGAUCUCGCGCGGAGACUGAAUCGUUGUGUUCUACAAGCAUUUAUAUUGAAUUAAACACCUUAGUUAAGUGUUAACUUACAUUUUUCUUAACUAAAUGUUCUCACGUCCUUAAAUAAUAAAUACUUAUUUAGAUCUGUUCGACGUUCGGAUUAAAAUAUGUACAAAUGUAAUAAAGCAAAGUAGCAGCUAA